GGGGGCCCAGCAGGGCGGCUCCAGCCACAGGACAGAUGCUUGGCAUUGAUGACAUAUACCUUAAGGUGUGGCAGGGGUCGAACAUCGCUUUCCGUCGCCGAUGGUCAUAGCGCAAUAUAUCUCAAAAUUAUCUUCCUGCAGCUGUCCCUCAGCAAGAGGUCUGGUACGGUCUUGAGCAAUUGUGGUGCCAUCAAAAGAAGUGUUAGUCGGGAGACGAUCUCAAUCGGACAGUUCGCUGGCGGGAUAUUCGGAAUUUUAGCUCGGGGCAUCAGCGGUACCUGCGGCCAUACCCCACAGACGUGGAAGAGGCAGCUUGUCAGCUCAGGGCACGGGUAUUUUGGACAUACGCCACAUGAUCUACGGAUCGUCCCUGCCGUGCUUGCAACGUCCCCUGAGCCUCUUCGCUGAUCGUCACCUGUGCACUGUGUCUCUGUCGCAAUCCAAGUAUUAGUAGGAGGCAGCUACAGUAGCCGGCGCUGAAUUACGAUCUCCCAUCUUCAUCGUGCGGAAAACUCGAGCAAUAGUGCCCAGAACGUUCAUGGGGGCAUGUUGAUACUCGGGGCGGAAGAUUGUUACUAUAAUUUGAUCAGGCCAGUCUGGAAGCGGCCGACCGACAGCGAGCUUGACGGCCACGUUUUUGUGCCUGCGGCACUUGCACACACGUGUGAGUGUGAGAUCCGAGCCUGCGACUUGGCUGCAGGCCUGCGUCCUGCGGGCAUGAACCAGGGCAGUGUGAAUAAGGCUCGUUGGACGCCGAGCGUAUGGGAUAACACGGUUCGCAGAUUUUCAAGGCUCCGCUCUGCGAAAGCAGAUGGCUAGGGAGGCGAACCAAUGCAUCUCAACCUGAGGCAAAGCAGCCCUGGAGGUGUGAGGCGAGCCCGGCGUCAUAAGCUACGCUGCAGGCACCCUGGGGUAGUCACGGACAGUCGAG